GCCGCACCUCCGCAAAAUGGCUUCACUCCUCGAUCGUAUAGACGUAGCUCAACCAAAUGGCACCGUAGGGCCAGUUCGCAAUCGUGGUACCCGUUCCAGCUCGGUGCCCUACGACAAGUCGGCAAGAUUAGGACGCUCAAAAGCCGACGCAGACGCAGUAUGGAAGCACGACCUUUACACCGGUCCAGGCAAGACUCUCGGUUCACGCAUUUCCGACGACGUAUCGACAACAACAACUGCAAAAGUGAACACGAGCGGCGCAGCUCUUGCUUUGCGUCAAGCUAUCGGACUCGAUUCGCGACGAUCAUCAGGCGCAGACUUGAAUAUAAGGGGAGCGAGUGCAGUCGGCUCGAACGUCGUACAAGUUAAGAACCUUGCAGCAGGAACGACUGCUGCCGAUGUGGAGGCAAUCUUCAAGAAAUGCGGCCCCAUCCUCGAAGCAUACACAUUCGGUUCCUAUACCACCUCCAAAGACAAAGUAACCGUCCGACUAAAAUUCAAAAACUCAGAAGACGCCAAAACCGCAGUAUCAUCAUUCAAUGGCAAGCCCGCAGACGGGAACGUCUUGGCAGUUGACAUCGUCGGUAGUGCAAGUACUGCACUCGGUGGACGACUAUUGGGAGGUAGUGGCGUAGUAGUAGAUGGGACUGUUGAUGUUCUGAUGGACGACGUUGCAGGCAGUUCUUCUUCUGGUGGAUCGAAAAUGCGUUCCGACGAACUUCUAAACGACCCAAGAGCCCAAGUGCUCAUCGUACCUCCCGGUGUCGACCCAGCAGAGUACAAUCAAAGUCAAAGAGGAGGAUCUUGGCGCGGACGUGGUGGACGUGGACGUGGGGGUGGCCGACGACCCGGUCGAGGGUCUGGAAGGCGAAUGCAGCGUACAGGUUCUUCUAUGCUUGUUGACUGAUUGAUGCGUAUUUCUUUAUUUCUUCGUCUGGCCGGCUUUGGCUGUAUACAUGUACGUUCACGUCCUUCGCUAUCUGCACUUUACUGGUAAUCAUUAUGUUUUUAAACCCAUCUGACGUACUUCUUUUUUUUUUGCCCUUUUCUUUUGGGGUUGAUGUACAUGCUAUUAUGCUAUUAUGC